UAGCGUAUACGUUUUGCAACAUGCUGCUGUCUUAUCCCCCACAGGCAGCCUUAUUUAUUCACCCCACCCAUUCUUCUGGCCCCUUUUCCAGAAGGUGAAAGUCGAAGCCGAAAGAGAGAGAAGUGGAUCCUUUCCAAGUGCUUUGAGUUCCGCAGUGGCUCAGAUUCUCCCUGAGUUGUAGCAGUGGCAUGGCUGUGCUAAGGAGCUUUUAUUAAAUGUGAUUGGAGGCCUUUGGCAGGACACAAACAGCUUGACUCUCAACAACACCAGGGAAAGGACUCGUGCGUUGAAAGCUAAGGAUAACACAGCUGCACCAGCCCAGCAGCCAGCAUGGAUCAGGGUCUGCAUGGCGAUGUACAGGUGGAGCGCAUCCUCGUGUAUUCGUUUCUGAAGAACUGUCACAACUGUGAUUUCAGCAAAGAGCUGGAAUCUCUGAGAAGCCAGGUGAUGGUUUCCUCACCAAAAGACUUCCUCUGUGUUGAGUCUGAUGAUGGGGAGCUUCAGACCGAUGGGAAUCGGAGUGGCCGGUUCCAGAAUGGUGAGCCAGGUUCUGGUUUUGAUGAGGACGUUUUCCAGCUCAUCGGCGCUCAGCUUGCUGAGAUCGGGGACCAGUUGGCUAGGGAGAUCGAUCAGAGAGUAGUAAAUGAUCUAGUGCUGCAAUUUGUGAAUGAGAAUCUGUCCAGAGCGGAAAUAAUGAGGCGUCUGUCUAAUACAGUGGAAGGGCUCAUGAGAACCGUACCUUUGGAAAUGGAGCGGGAGAAAGCCAUGUUGGUGCUAGCAAUGGUGUUAGCCAGAACAGUAGCAAACAAAAUGCCAUCCCUUCUACACCGUGUCUUUAACACCACUGUGAAUUACAUCAACCAGAACCUCCACAAUUACGUCGUCAACCUGGGAUAACAAAGUUGAAUGAGAGCGGAGCCAGUCCCAUUGACUUCUGUGGAGAAGAUGGCUUUUUGAGUAUUUACUUUAAAUGUUAAAACGUUGCUUUUUUCCCCUUGUUUAAAUUCUUUGCAAUGCAGCUGUGAAGAGGGAAAUACAACCCCUUAGUUAUGUUUUAGGUUCUUCAGAGAUCAGUACAGGAGAAAUGUUCCAGCUGUGCGAUUGUUCAGCAGAGACAUGGAGGGGUAUGGCUUGCCUGUUACUUUCUUCUACCAAAUAUUGAAUGUGACUUAGUACUGGUGCAGACAUGUAUGAUUAAGCGGAAGUGCCAGUUGGCAGUGCACGCAGGUGUGUGUACUGAAACUUGAGCUCAUUAUCCCAUGCACUGAGGAUAGGGUGUGUCUUCCCUGCAGGGUUUAACGCAUGAGAUCAGAUCAGCAGUGGCAUUGGCCUAGCCCGGGUGAGAGCAGCCACACUGCACACCCCUACUUCAAAGCUGUGCUUUCAUGGCUAGUGCUAGGUCUUCUGGAGACAUAGCUUACUGCAGCACAAAAGAACCAUAGGCUGAGCCCCUCUAGUCUUUCCCACUGAAUUGUCUUUCUGAGCACAGUCCUCUAAUACUGGCCCACAGUUUUCCAAAGGUAUGUCUUCACUACUGGCUGGGGAGAGCUAUUGUUGAGCAAACUGUAUGCUCAGGGUUUUUUCCCUAGGCACAUUAAUUUGGGGAGAGCAGGCAGGGUUUACUCCCCUACUAUUCUUUUGAGCCUCUGGAUGAUUGAUUUACAUGUGUAAAGUUAUAGAAAAGCAACAAUUGAGUGAUGUGAUCAGGUCCGAUAACAUUCAUCUGGGCAUACUUGAGCAUAACACACACUAGCUUUACUUUCCACUCAAUAGAUCCCUUCCUGUAGUCAGGGACUAAGAGGCUGGCACCCUUGAUCAUCUCUCAGCAUUAACUUGUGCCUGGUGGGUCUACCAGGAAUGUUGUCUCAACUUGACAGUUUACAUGAACUAAACUCUGAGUUACUGUUUCUCACAUUACCUGUAAAUAUUUUAUACUUUAAUAAAAUUGUAAAUGCAA